AUGGGCGCAAGAUCUACUUUGUGCCGGGUCUUACAUCAGUUUCAGUCACUUACAAGAUUCUCCCCAAGAGUAUCCGUUGUGCUAGAGGGCGACCCAGAAAAGCAACACACAUAUACUACCUACGAAUGGGUUAAGGGCAAGGCUAUUGUGACUGUUGAUGUGGAAACCCCUUUCGAUGCGAUUCGAAUUAGUUUUGAAGGUGUGGCCACAACAAGCACCGAGAGAGCGACAUACUCUCUCAGGACUGCCAUUGCCACUCAGACAUUUCUGCGACUAAUUCAACCAAUUGCCUCAAGCCAAUACCCAACUCCUCGAGUACUGCGACCAGGGCAUCAUUAUGAAUUCCCAUUUUCGUUCGUUAUUCCCCCGGCUGUCUCGCCGCAGUCCUGUGAUCACGAUAUCAAAUCAACCCACGUCCAGCUAGCUCAUCAAAUGUUACCGCCAACUGUGAACGAUCCAAGGCUCCGGUAUGAUGAUAGGUGUCCACGCGACGAGCAAGUCCCAGGCUCGUGUCGAAUUGCCUACUCUGUUCGGGUGGUCCUAAAAGGGCGAUCGUCCCGGAGCAGCAAAAUGGCAAAUCUUGUAGAUUACCAGAGAGGUGUACGGGUUAUGCCCCUAGCUGAACCAAUGUAUUGCCUUGGCGGGGACAUACUCAGACCUGGGAUUUACACACGAACUGAGCAGAGCCUCACAUACGGCACUGCGAUUGACAGGUCAGGCCAGGUCGUCGUUACAUCGCAUACCCUCCCCGUUUUGCUAUCAUAUUCUUCUGAAGGUACCGCAGGCAAGGUACAACUAAAUCUGCGGUUCAAUCCUAUCGGGAACGCCAGCCCUCCGCAUCUGAAACGGGUCGUUGCCACAUUACAAUCCACUACGUUUUACAGUACGACUCCGUGGGAAGAUUAUCCCUCUCUGACUGACCGUGGUCUUGCGAAUGGAUGGGAACGCGAGGCGUGUAUUGAGUCCUUCCCGAUCGUUUCAUCUCACAAGGGCCCGCUGGCAUGGGUUGCACACUCUCGUUAUGGCUCCACGUCAACUCGGAACUCUUCCAUAUCUCUCAGUGAAGACAUCUACUACACAGCAUGCAUCGCUCUAGACGUCGCUCUGCCACCAGAACAAACCUACCUACCGACCUUUCAUUCCUGCUUAAUAUCCCGCACCUACAACCUGAAUUUAUGUCUCUCUUAUCGGACCCCAGCAACGAACAACUCUCUGCCCAACACCACCUGUCACAUACCAGUGAGGUUACUCUAUACGAGAAAUGAGCCUAGUAUGAUCUCCUCUCAAGCUACCCCAGAUCCGUUGGGUGUGGACUUUGAUGACACGAAAUUUGAAUACCAACAGCAGCUUACCCAAUUACCGGCAUACUCCGAUGUCAUAGCUGGACUGAUAUGA